GGGCGGGGCCGGAGCCGGCGCGGGAGAUCAGGGCAGUCAGCGGGGUCGGGUCCGCUGGCUAGUUGCCCUUUCCAGGCAUGGCUCCGCGCUGUUGGCGCUGGUGGCCCUGGUUGGCAUGGCCUCGGACCCGGCCGCCUCCUUCCGAGAGCACCCAGACCUCUGGGAAUUCAGAUGAAGUAAGGGACCCUGCAAACGCCAAAGCUUUGAGGAAAAAGAGAAGGAGGGCACAGAUGAGGGUGAAGCCUGGGAAACUCCGUUUUCUGUUGGACACUGAAGAGCAGACCCCCCAGAUCUGUGUGGUGGGCAGUGGCCCAGCUGGCUUUUAUACCGCCCAACACCUGCUAAAGCACCACUCCCGCGCCCAUGUGGACAUUUACGAGAAGCAGCUGGUGCCCUUCGGCCUGGUGCGCUUUGGCGUGGCGCCCGACCACCCCGAGGUGAAGAAUGUCAUCAACACUUUUACCCGGACGGCCCACUCUGACCGCUGUGCCUUCCACGGCAACGUGGUGGUGGGCAGGGAUGUGACCGUGCAGGAGCUGCGGGACGCCUACCACGCCGUGGUGCUGAGCUACGGGGCAGAGGACCAUCAGGCCCUGGAGAUCCCCGGAGAGGAGCUGCCUGGCGUGUUCUCAGCCCGGGCCUUUGUGGGCUGGUACAACGGGCUUCCUGAGAACCGGGAGCUGGCGCCGGACCUGAGCUGUGACACGGCCGUGGUCCUGGGGCAGGGGAAUGUGGCUCUGGAUGUGGCCCGGAUCCUGCUGACGCCACCUGAGCACCUGGAGAAAACGGAUAUCACGGAGGCUGCCCUGGGGGCACUGAGACAGAGUCAGGUGAAGACGGUGUGGAUAGUGGGCCGACGUGGAGCCCUGCAAGUGGCCUUCACCAUUAAGGAGCUUCGGGAGAUGAUUCAGUUACCAGGAACUCGGCCCAUUUUGGAUCCUGCGGAUUUCUUGGGCCUUCAGGACAGAAUCAAGGAGGUCCCUCGCCCGAGGAAGCGGCUGAUGGAACUACUGCUUCGAGCAGCCACGGAGAAGCCAGGGGUGGCGGAGGCUGCCCGCUGGGCAUCGGCCCCCCGCGCCUGGGGCCUCCGCUUUCUCCGAAGCCCGCAGCAGGUGCUGCCCUCGCCAGAUGGGCGGCGAGCGGCAGGCAUCCGCCUGGCAGUCACCAGACUGGAGGGUGUUGGUGAGGCCACCCGGGCAGUGGCCACUGGAGACGUGGAGGACCUCCCCUGUGGGCUGGUGCUGAGCAGCAUUGGGUAUAAGAGCCGCCCCAUCGACCCCAGUGUGCCCUUUGACCCCAAACUCGGGGUCAUCCCCAACAUGGAGGGCCGGGUUGUGGAUAUGCCAGGCCUCUACUGCAGCGGCUGGGUGAAGCGGGGGCCCACAGGCGUCAUCACCACUACCAUGACUGACAGCUUCGUCACCGGCCAGAUUCUGCUGCAGGACCUGAAAGCGGGGCUGCUGCCGUCUGGCCCCAGGCCUGGCUAUGCGGCCGUCAGGGCCCUGCUCAGCAGCCGAGGGGUCUGGCCUGUGUCUUUCUCGGACUGGGAGAAGCUGGAUGCUGAGGAGGUGUCCCGGGGCCAGGGUGUGGGGAAGCCCAGGGAGAAGCUGCUGGAUCCUCAGGAGAUGCUGCGGCUGCUGGGACGCUGAGCCCAGAUCCCAGGCGGGCACGGAGGGCAGGAGUGCUGUGCGGGGGAGAGCGAUCUGCACCACCGCUGCAUCGCCUGGCCGUCCUGCCGUGGGGCCUUGGCUGCCCCUUUUCCAGGGGCCUCUGAGCGCUUCCUCGUGCCGGAAGGUCGCUCGUGCCACUGUGGGUAACUCUCAGCAAGGAGAUAACCUUAGUUAGGGAUGGGUGCAGGUGCAGGCUGACCUUCCUCCCUCCUGCCUAUCUCCUGCUGGACUGUGGAGGGUCACCAGGUCGGAAAUAUGCUGGAAAUAAAACACCCGCAACCGAG